GACACCCUUAAGAACUGAGAAUCUGACUAAUUUAAACAGAUGGCUAAUCCCAGUGCUGUCUGCAAUGGGCACCUACAUCAUCAUCAUCAUCAGAAACAGAAUAACCUCUUAAAAAGUGGAAUCUAUAAGAAAAAUGGAAUUACUAAAGGAAUGAAGAAGAAUGGCGUGUCAAACGGAACUCUCUACAAAAAGACAUUUAUUGAGCACUUUGAACAGGCACCAAUGUAUGUUGCAGUUUUUACUGUCGUGGGUUUUGCAGUGGGAACAAUAUUUGGCUACCUGCGAGAUUUUAUGAGAGCCUGGGGACUAGAAAAACGUAACAUUGCUGAAGAGAGAGAACAACAAAAAGAUUUUGUACCACUUUAUCAAGAUUUUGAGAACUUUUACACCAGAAACCUCUAUAUGAGAAUACGGGAUAACUGGAACCGGCCAAUUUGCAGUGUCCCUGGGCCACAGUUUGACCUCAUGGAACGUGUUACUGAUGAUUACAACUGGACAUUUAGGUUUACAGGAAGGACUAUCAAGAAUGUAAUCAAUAUGGGUUCUUAUAACUACCUCGGCUUCGCAGAAACAGAUGUUAAUGCUUUGAAAACUGUGACCAUAGAGUUAGAAAAGUAUGGGACGGGAGUCUGCAGUACCAGACAAGAAAUGGGCACCCUAGACAAGCAUGUAGAACUAGAAAAACUUGUGGCCACAUUCCUUGGUGUUGAAGAUUCCAUGGUGUUUGGCAUGGGCUUUGCAACUAACUCGAUGAAUAUUCCAGCCCUUGUUGGAAAGGGCUGCCUCAUUUUAAGUGAUGAGUUGAACCACACUUCUCUCGUUCUUGGUGCGAGGCUUUCAGGUGCCACUAUUAGAAUCUUCAAGCAUAAUAAUAUGCAGAGCCUCGAGAAGUUGCUGAGGGAUGCAAUAAUAUAUGGGCAGCCUCGCACCCACAGAGCAUGGAGAAAAAUUAUCAUCCUCGUGGAGGGGAUUUACAGCAUGGAAGGGUCCAUCGUGCGCCUGCCAGAGAUAGUCUCCUUGAAGAACAAAUACAAAGCCUACCUCUACUUGGACGAAGCUCACAGCAUCGGUGCAGUGGGAGCAACGGGCCGAGGAGUCGUGGAGUACUUCGGGAUGAGCCCUGAUGAUGUUGAUGUAUUAAUGGGAACGUUCACAAAGAGCUUUGGUGCAGCUGGAGGAUAUAUAGCUGGCAAAAAGGGCCUUGUGGACUUUUUACGAACUCAUUCUCACAGUGCUGUGUACGCCACAUCCAUGUGUCCACCCGUAGCAGAGCAAAUCAUCAGGGCAAUGAAAUGUCUCAUGGGACUAGAUGGGACAACACAAGGGCUCCAAAGAGUGCGCCAGCUGGAGAAAAACACAAGGUACUUCAGACGAAAACUGCAUGAAAUGGGCUUCAUUAUUUAUGGCAAUGAUGAUUCACCCGUUGUCCCCUUACUCCUUUAUAUGCCUGGUAAAAUAGGGGCUUUUGCAAGACGCAUGUUAGAAAGAAAUAUCGGGGUGGUCGUGGUUGGGUUUCCAGCUACUCCUAUCACGGAAUCCAGGGCUCGGUUUUGUGUGUCAGCUGCACAUACACGGGAGAUGUUAGACACGGUUUUGAAUGCUCUGGAUGAAUUGGGUGAUUUUCUACAACUGAAAUAUUCCCGGUAUUCCAAGUCAUCUCAUCCUGAACUGUAUGAAGAAACUAGGCUUGAACUUGAAGAUUAAGUUUUCCACCUCCGAAGAGAACAUUAUGAUGCUAUGAAAGGGCGGAAAACCCGAAAACUGAAAAACACAAACGCAUUUCUUCCCUUCUAAGGACAAUUUUUAUUUCUCAGUUAAUUGAAAGGAGGGGAAGUUCGGGUGUUGCAUCUUGUUGUAUCAAUUUUCUGUAUUCAAGAGACUGAAAUAUUGAUACAGAUUUGCCUCCCCAGGAGAUCUGUCCUUGUUACGGUAUUUUUGAUGCAGGAUGAAUGCAUCCAUUUUUCGAGUUGCUAGCGUACAGCUUUUGGUAUGGCCCCUUUUUAUGAAGAGGCUCCAGAUAGUCUUAAUUGUGACUGAAAUAAUAAAGUUUAAAAAAAAAUUAAUAGAUUCUAGUGUAAUAUAGCUGAGCUUCAUCAGUGAGACUGACUUUUAUCUGUUAAGGAGAAUAAAUCAAGACCUCGGUGUGGACUGCUACAGAGGAAUGAGCAGAAAGUGAUCUCUUUUACUAAGUUGCACUAUCAUGCAUUUCUCCAAGGACAGAAAAUGUUAGAAAAAGAUUAAUGCUGAGAACAAGAGAAGUAGCCUGAUCAGAUCAUGUGUUUCUGAUGGCAGAUUAUGGGAAAGGGAGAAUGCCUCCACCCAUCCACAGACCUUUUCUCAGCUGCUGAAAUGCACUCUAAGCUUUGAAUUGUACAGAAAUUUGGGCUUAGACAUGAACAGAAAUGCUUUUGUGCCAACACAUUUGACCUACAACCUAUCCCAUCUUCUCCCAAUGUAAGUUCUUCGGCAGGGCUUGCUCCCUUUUCGUGGAGCAGUAGUAAAUAAUUUUAAUAACCAUUUAACUUUCCCGUAAAAACCUUGAUCAAAACAGUCAGAUACUUGCAGUUCACAAACUGCAGAUGACAUUUA